CAAAAUGGCCACUUAAAAAGGAAGCUAAAUGGACACUUACAUGUCAUCCAUUCACAACACACAUAUAUGUAUGUAUGUAUGUAUAUAUAUUAUGGGUAGAUUGUGACUUCGAGGUGGUGAGGUGAAACAAAAAGAAGGGGAGGGGUAGGUUGGUUUGUAUGUGUGUCUCUAUAUAUAUAAAAAAAAUAUUGGAAAUCCGAGGAAACCCAUAGCUUCUGCCCUUCGGGUGGGAAUUUUGUGGUAACCUGGUCACUGUGCAAUAGCUCGCAACCCACACAGGAGAUGUAAACCGCGUUAGGUAAGCCCCAUGCUACGAGCUCAUGGUUGAGCGGUAGACUGAGGAUGGAUUCGGACCCACCUCUCAACCAUGUUCUAGCGGGCGGUUGGUUUGUAUUUUGUAAUGCUAUAAUGUGAAUUUGAUAUGCCACUCUCUGGGAUUUGGUGAUACCCAAAAAGAUUACUGAAAAAGAGCAAGUAGAACUAAAGCUUAUAAUAGUUGGAUGAAAGUAAAUACUUGUAACUAGGAGAUUGCAUUGAUUGAAAGAGAUUUGGUGUAUAUAUAACCCGCUUGCCUCACCUCGGAGGAAAAGAAGUGAAAAGCGUCUUUGUGUAUUGUAGACAUGAAUUGAAUACUUGAGCAGUUCCCUACUUGAUUAUUUCGUACAGAACAGUGAAAUUUGGCCUCGUAGUUUCAUUUGGUGAAUAUUUCUAAGAAUCUACCAUUGGCAUAUCGAAGUGUUGGGGUUGGUAUAUGGAGAUCUAAGAAUUUCAACACUUUAGGCCUGUAUGAGUUUAUUUACGAGGGGACAACCUUUUGAUUUGCAAAAUUUGAUUUGUCAUUGGAGCUAGCGGGCAGACAGAAAGCAAGUACACAUAGAUGCUACAGCAUAUUUCAGCUCUGACUUAUACUCCAUGUUGGCUAUCUCAAAAUGGUGCUUGCCCUGGCAUGGUUUUCUAUAAGAAGCCUCUGCAAUGGGCUUAUCCGUUUCUGCUGAAGUUUGAUCAUAAAUAUCAUGCAAGUCCAAGAAGACAAGGAGCCAUUCUUUGUACUGAUAGGAGGCAUAACCAAGGUCGAAACUCUAAGAAACGUGAUACUGUGCCGCAGAAUGUGGAUCUCCCCACACUACUGCCCAAGAAAAAGAAGAAGCCCUAUCCCAUACCUCUGAAGAAAAUUCAGCAGGCUGCCCGGGCUGAUAAGAAGCUAGCAGAGUUGGGAGUAGAAAAGAAGCUUGAACCCCCUAAGAAUGGAUUGCUUGUGCCUGACCUAAUUCCAGCGGCUUACGAAUUGUUAGAUGAUUGGAAACUUUUGAUUAAAGGACUUGCACAGCUACUCCACUCUAUUCCUGUCCAUGCUUGUAGUGAAUGCUCGCAAAUCCAUGUUGCUCAAACUGGUCAUGAGAUUCAGGAUUGCCUUGGCCCAACCAACAGUAGUCGCAGAAGCUUCCACUCUUGGGUGAAGGGCUCAAUUAAUGAUGUGCUAAUUCCUAUUGAGUCAUAUCAUAUGUAUGAUCCCUUUGGCACGCGCAUUAAGCAUGAGACCCGAUUCAACUAUGAUAGAAUUCCAGCAGUUGUAGAACUUUGCAUCCAAGCUGGCGUGGAUCUGCCAGGAUAUCCUUCACGGAGAAGGACUAAACCCAUCAGAAUGAUGGGGAAGAAAGUGAUCGAUGUAGGUGGAUUAGUUGAUGAGCCUAGACCCUCUGUAGACACAAGUUCGGUUAUUAUGGACCUAGACACCCAUCGUGCUUUUGAACGGUUUGCUCCACCAUUGGAAUCUGAGGUUCCACGUAUUGCCCAGGAGACGAUUGAUGCAUAUGAGAAAGUUAAACUGGGGGUGACAAAGUUGAUGAAGAAGUACACUGUCAAAGCUUGUGGUUACUGUUCGGAGGUCCAUGUGGGGCCUUGGGGUCACAAUGCUAAGCUCUGUGGCGAAUUUAAACACCAGUGGCGGGAUGGGAAACAUGGCUGGCAAGAUGCAACAGUGGAUGAGGUAUUUCCCCCAAAUUAUUUGUGGCAUGUUCAAGAUCCAAAAGGACUCCCAUUGAAGAGUGCACUAAAAAGGUUCUAUGGGAAGGCUCCAGCUGUGGUUGAAGUCUGUAUGCAGGCUGGUGCUCAUAUACCUCAGAAGUACAAGCCGAUGAUGAGGCUAGAUAUUGUGCUCCCUGACAAUGAAGAGAGUCGCCUAGUCGCAUAAGGUUCCUUUCCUUUACUAACUGUUCCACAUAGCUUUACGUACAGAGUGUACGCGUUAUAAGGAUGUAUAGAAACCUGGAAAUGCAGCUUCCAUGAUGUUAUUCAUUAACUAUUGAGGCUGUAGUCUUUGUUUUGCCUCUGUAUGAGGGUCCAGGUACCCAUUUCAACUUGGAACAUCAAUGUCCACAUAAUUAGCACAAAGAUAUUCAAUCUGCAGGCACUCUUUUUUCUUA